AUGUCCAAGAAAGCUGUAAAAUGUAUACUUAUUGGAUAUGAUGGUGAUGAUGGCUAUCGGAUACUACAAUAUAAUCACAACAGCGAACCAAUGUUGAUACGUUCGAGAGAUGUUACAUUCAAAGAAUCACUAAUUAAGUCAGUUGGAUUAGAAUCUGACAUAUCUGAAUUGGAUAAAGACGUUGAAGAAAAUGAUACAGAAAUUAAACUCAAUUUUCCAAAAGCUGCAGAAAGUCAACCAAUGUUUGAAGCAAGGGAGGAUAUAUCACAAGAUGUGGAAGUUCUGCCUCAAACAUCGAAUGGCUUAAACCAACAUGGGGAAGAUUUGGAUGAUUCGUCUUCUGAGCCCCAUUAUGAUCAAACAUCUAAUGACAAAUCUAAACUGCAGGCACCAAUUAGAUAUAGUAAUUUUGUAGAUACUUGA